UCUUUCGCUAUUUGGAUUCUAUCUCCUCUUUUUUCUCGUCCGUUUCUUUCUCUCUCUCUCUCUCUCUCUCUCUCUCUCUUCUUCAUCACCGCAUUCAUAUUCUUAAACCCCUUUACAAACUCAACAGAAAUCUUCAAUCUGCUCCCGAAACCUCACAACAAUCACACGGGAACGGAGAUCUUUCUUCCCCGUAGUCUAGCUAGCUCAGAGGGUCAGCUACUUUGACCCUUAAGCUUCCAUUAAGUCACCAUUUUUCUUUUCUUUUUUCCUAACUAAUAUAUAUGCAUUAGUCUAACGGAUUUUGUCAUAUUCUUUCCUAAGUCCCCGUUUAUAAUUUCUAGAAAAAAAAAGAAAAAAAAAACUUCCGUUAUUUUCAGCACAGAGAGAGAGAGAGAGAGAGAGAGAGAGAGAGAGAGAGAGAGAGAGGGUGGGGAUGGAAAACCGAGAUCGAGUUUAGUGGGCGUUAUAAUCCUUGUUUAGCGUGUUUGAAAACUCAUUAAGUAUUAUCCCAGUCAUUUAGCACGUAAGAACAAAAAGGCUAAUGACUUUCUGAAGGCCCAAAACCGUAGUUCUAGUCCUUUCUGCCCGUUUGUUACUUGAACUAAUCCUAUUUAGCUUUGCUCAGACACUGCCAGAGAAUCUAUUAAAAGUUCAAAAACCCAACAACCCCACACAAAGAGUCAACCCCCAAUAACACCAUACCCAGCAACUACCUCUUACCUCUUCAGAGUCAAAGAGAAGAGAGAGAAGAGAAAAAGGGGAGAGAGAGAGAGAGAGAGAGAGAGAGAGAGAGAUGAAUGGUGUGCAGUCUAGUCUAGGGUUUCUUUGAGAGUGAGAUAUGUAUAUGGCAGCCGGAAAAAUGCUUCCGGCGAGGGACAAGUGCAUGAAACUUUCAUUUAGGGGAAGAAAGUUGUAACCUUCCCAGCUAAUAUCAUCGCAUCUCAGAUUGAAAUUAAGACAAGAGAGAUAAGUAUAUAUCUAGAACAAUAUUCCUAAAUUUUAGGGAUUCGACGAGGAGAGAAAAAUGUAUCAGCCAAGCAUGUUCGAGAAUCACCACCAUAUCCUAGAUCAUAUGACGACCAGCAGCACCCACAAAGCCUCGGAAAGUACUGAAGUACUAGGAAAGAGCAGACUGCUGGACGAUGAUUUCGAGACCAAAUCCGGCACCGAAACGACUACGGAUGCUCCCUCCGGCGAUGAGCAAGAUCCUAACAACACCGGUCCACGCCCCAAACGAAAACGUUACCAUCGCCACACCCAGCGUCAAAUCCAAGAGAUGGAAGCAUUCUUCAAGGAGUGUCCUCACCCAGACGACAAGCAAAGGAAGGAGCUGAGCCGUGAACUAGGGUUAGAGCCUUUGCAAGUCAAAUUUUGGUUCCAAAACAAGCGCACCCAAAUGAAGGCUCAACAAGAACGCCAUGAGAAUUCAAUUUUGAAAUCAGAGAACGACAAGCUUCGCGCCGAGAACAACAGGUACAAGGAAGCCCUCGGCAAUGCCACAUGCCCCAACUGUGGAGGACCAGCUGCUCUUGGUGAGAUGUCAUUUGAUGAGCAGCAUUUGAGGAUCGAAAAUGCUCGUUUGCGUGAAGAGAUUGAUAGGAUAUCUUCAAUUGCUGCCAAAUAUGUUGGCAAGCCUUUGUCAAGCUCUUUUUCUUCUCACAUUCCACCCCAUAUGCCUUCCCGCUCCCUUGAUCUCGGGGUUGGCAGUUUCGGGGCUCAAUCGGGUUUUGUGGGAGAGAUGUAUGGAUCAUCAAGUGAUCUUCUCAGGUCAGUUUCAGUGCCCACCGACGCAGAUAAGCCGAUGAUUGUUGAGCUUGCCGUGGCAGCCAUGGAAGAACUCAUUAGAAUGGCUCAGGCUGGAGAGCCUUUAUGGGUCCCUGGUGACCAUAACUCAUCUCAUAAUCAUGAAAUUUUGAAUGAAGAUGAAUACUUGAGGACGUUUCCUAGGGGAAUUGGCCCCACACCAUUGGGUUUGAAGUCUGAAGCUUCAAGAGAAUCAGCGCUGGUCAUCAUGAAUCAUGUUAACCUUGUUGAGAUUCUCAUGGAUGUGAACCAAUGGUCUACUGUCUUUUGUGGUAUUGUUUCAAGAGCAAUGACCCUCGAUAUCCUAUCAACUGGAGUAGCUGGGAACUACAAUGGAGCCUUACAAGUGAUGACAGCUGAGUUCCAAGUGCCCUCGCCACUGGUUCCGACCCGUGAGAAUUACUUUGUAAGGUACUGCAAGCAGCAUGUUGAUGGAACUUGGGCAGUGGUUGAUGUUUCCUUGGACAACCUACGCCCAAGUCCAAUUUCAAGGAGUCGAAGAAGGCCAUCCGGUUGCUUAAUCCAAGAAUUGCCAAAUGGUUACUCCAAGGUUAUAUGGGUGGAACAUGUUGAAGUGGAUGAUAGGUCUGUUCACAACAUAUACAGGCCUCUAGUUAACUCUGGUCUUGCCUUUGGGGCAAAGCGUUGGGUGGCUACACUUGAUAGGCAAUGCGAACGUCUUGCCAGUUCAAUGGCCAGUAACAUUCCUGCUGGAGAUCUCUGUGUGAUAACUAGUCCAGAAGGGAGGAAAAGUAUGCUGAAGCUGGCACAAAGAAUGGUGAUGAGCUUCUGCACUGGUGUGGGUGCUUCUACUGCCCAUGCAUGGACAACAUUAUCAGCAACAGGUUCAGAUGAUGUGAGGGUCAUGACCAGAAAAAGUAUGGAUGAUCCUGGCAGGCCUCCUGGGAUUGUGCUUAGUGCUGCAACUUCCUUCUGGAUUCCAGUCCCUCCCAAGAGAGUUUUUGAUUUCCUGCGAGAUGAGAACUCUCGUACUGAGUGGGAUAUACUUUCAAACGGUGGCCUAGUGCAAGAGAUGGCACAUAUAGCUAAUGGUCGUGAUCCAGGCAACUGUGUCUCCCUACUGAGGGUUAAUAGUGCAAAUUCAAGCCAAAGCAAUAUGCUGAUACUUCAGGAGAGCUGCACAGAUUCAACAGGGUCAUACGUGAUUUAUGCUCCAGUUGAUAUUGUGGCCAUGAAUGUUGUGUUGAGUGGUGGAGAUCCAGAUUAUGUUGCACUUCUGCCAUCUGGUUUUGCCAUCCUACCAGACGGGCCUACUGGGCCCGCAGGAGGAGGAGGAGGAGGAAUUCUUGAUGUUGGGUCUGGUGGGUCCCUACUCACCGUAGCAUUUCAGAUCUUGGUUGAUUCAGUUCCUACUGCCAAACUCUCUCUGGGAUCUGUGGCCACUGUUAACAAUCUAAUUAAGUGCACGGUUGAGCGGAUUAGGGCUGCGGUCACAUGUGAACAGAACGCAUGACAAUUAGCUAGAUAGCCUUUAUAGAUGUGGGAAAGAGGUAGAAGAAGAAAGGAAAGAAUGGUGUGGUGGGUUUACUCAGAAAUUGAACGUUACAAGGGGAAGAAGUCAAGAACGCACCUUUGUAAUAUCCUUGCGUCGUGGUGCCAAAAAAAAAAAAGCAAAUCACCACCUCACAGGGGUAGUGGGUUCGGGUAUUGACUUUCCCUAAACAAAGAGGAAAGUAAAUUCUCAGGCCUUGUUAAUUGUUAGUUUAUAAAGUUCAGAAUAACUCUGUUCACCUUAAAUUUACUGUUUUGCCCUAGGAUUAGGGGGGCAGGGUUAGGAGAUUAGGGUUCAUUGUAGUAGGGUGGUAAGUUCAUAACUGUUUAAGCGUCUUACUUUCCUUGUCAUGUAUGUGUAAGAAAGAGGUAAUAUUUAGUUGGACUUUUGAAAUCACAUUAACAAUGGUUUCAAUUUCACAUGUUUUGUAA